GUAUAUACUUUACACUGUAAUAUACUAUAUAACUUAUUUAUCAAAAUCAAAUCUACCUAUUAGGCUAUUAUACUUUGGGUUGGUUCGUCUGCCGGUGGGUGACGAACAUAAAUAACCAAAAUAUAAUUUUUAUUGAAAACGUUAAGAGGGUAAGGAUUAAGAAAACAAGCAAGGUAGAGGAUAUAAGCAUUUGAAUAUGGAAGGGCUAGAAUUAGUAUCAUCAAACAAGGUGUUUGGAGGAUUCCAAAAAGUGUAUUCUCACCAAUCAUCUGAGUUGCAAUGUAAAAUGAACUUUUCAAUUUAUUUACCCCCUCAAGCUGAAGGCGGUGAUAUGAAACUGCCAGUUAUUUAUUAUCUAUCUGGUUUAACUUGUAGUGAACAAAAUUUUAUAACAAAAUCUGGAUUUCAAAGGUAUGCCUCUGAACAUGGUAUUAUUGUCGUCGGACCUGACACAUCUCCUAGAGGAGUCAAGGUCUCUGGUGAUGAUGAUUCUUGGGACUUUGGAGUUGGAGCUGGAUUUUAUCUUGAUGCUACUAAAGAGCCAUGGUCCAAGAAUUACAGAAUGGGUAGUUAUUUGAACAAGGAGUUGUAUGACCUUAUCCUCCAAGCAUUUAGUAACUACAUAGAUCCUACUAGAAUUGGAAUAAUGGGACACAGUAUGGGAGGUCAUGGGGCUUUGGUGUCAGUUUUAAGAAACCCAGGUCUUUAUAAGUCAGUCAGUGCAUUUGCACCGAUAUGCAACCCAAGCCAAUGUCCUUGGGGUGAGAAGGCCUUUAAAGGAUAUUUAGGAGACGAGAAAAGCCAAUGGGCAGAGUGGGAUGCAAGUGAACUUGUUAAGAAGUAUGAUGGACCUCCACUUACUUUGCUGAUUGAUCAGGGUUCAUCUGACAAAUUUUAUAUUGAAAAGCAGUUACUGCCUGAAAACUUAGUAGAGGCCUGUCGUUCUGUCGGAGUUCCAAUAAUUUUGAACCUGCGUGAAGGCUAUGAUCAUUCUUACUACUACAUUUCCACUUACAUUGGUGAACAUUUCAAUUUCCAUGCAAAAAUUUUAAAAGCUUGAAAUUGAAAUCUAAAUUAUAAUAAAAUUCUACUAUGAACAAAAAAUGUAAAAACAUUAUAUGAAUGAAGAUAACACAGUGGUUUUUAACACAUUUAAAUUUAAAUGAAUAAUUGAAAUAUGCUGAAUAUAUAUAUUACUUUUCUUAUAUCACAUUUGCAUUU